AUGUUGUUUCGCCUAGACUGCCGACAUGAGCCCAUUUGGACGCCCUUGUUGAUCCGGCAGACGAGACAUCAGACGAACUACAUCGACAUAUCUUUUUCCGCCCUCAGAAAAUUGCCGAAACCGCGUACGUACCAGGAACAAGGGGUGGCAAUGUCGGGAGUCUGGGGGAACAUGGGCUUGAGUGGGGGGUGCCUCAGAAAGAGCAAGACGGCGGAUGUUCCUCUCGUGGUGUGACCGGUGGUAGUAUCGAUCAGCAAUGCCGCACAGACUUUUGCGCGCCGAAGUAUGCGUGCGACCGCUUUAAUCUAACCACUUCGGCGGAAAGCGGAUUUCUGUUCGAUAAGGUGUCAGGGGUACCAUGGAAGACGGAGCUGGGUUUUGUUUGAUUUCGGGUGGAUGAGGUUGGGGGUUUUGUUCGUUUUUCUCCAUCUAUCUAAGGUUCGUGCCUAGAGUUCAGCUGUAGUGUUUCAACCAAAGUUUUGUUGACCUAGAGGCAAACAUUCCUAACUAUUGGGCAUCGAUUUAAUUUAGCUUGGCAUGACGGCCUUUACGAUCGACUUUUUAUGUAUGUCUGCAUUUAUCUGCAAUUGUCGGAGGGCAAACAAUA